AAUCCACCAGAACGGCAAAACAAGUGCCCUUGGUAGGAUGUGCAAUUCGUGACGCGUAGUGUGCGAGUAUAGGGAGCAUUGCGUGAUUGAGGCAUCCGGCAUGGUGCUGUGAGUGAGGAAGUGGGCGGAGCUUUUGAAGAGUUUAUACUCCAGUCCUGAUCCAGGAGAGAAGAUCAGAGAAGAGCUGUGGAGCUGAAGAGAAUUAUUCUGUGUUUUAUGUGUUUUUAGGUGAUGGAGACGGAGCAGGAGACUUUAAAUGCACUGAAUUCUCUCAUUCUGGAGCCAAAACGCACAAUAUGGACACUUUCAGGCUCUUUAUGGUCACAUGGAACGUUGCUACAGCAGAACCUCCAGACGACAUCAUGUCUCUUCUGCAGUUAAAUUCUCAGGAGAAAUCAGACGUCUAUGUGAUCGGUUUACAGGAAGUGAGAGCAACACCUCUGAAGUUCGCUACAGAUGUGGCUUUUGGAGAUUCUUGGAGUUGCUUGUUCAUGGACACCUUGACUCCUCUGGGCUAUAUUAAAGUGUCGUCUGUGAGGAUGCAGGGUCUGCUGCUGCUGCUUUUUUCUAAGUUAGAGCAUGUUCCUUUUAUCAGAGAUAUCCGGACCACAUACACUCGCACUGGGAUCUGCGGAUACUGGGGAAAUAAAGGAGGAGUGAGCAUGCGUUUCUUCUUCUAUGGUCAUUCACUCUGCUUCCUCAACUGUCACCUGACUGCCCACAUCCAUUACGCCUCUGAAAGAGUGGAGGAAUUUGAGCACAUCCUCAACUCCCAGAUGUUUGACAGCAAAGACGCUCCGUCUGUUUUAGACCACAAGCUCGUCUUCUGGUUCGGAGACUUGAAUUUCCGAAUCGAUGACCACGGCAUGCACUUCAUCCGCAACUGCAUCAACAGCAAGAAAUUCAACCUGCUCUGGUCCAAAGACCAGCUGACUAUGAUGAAGAAAAAGUUUCCCAGACUGCAGCAGUUUGAAGAGGGACCUCUCGAUUUUCAGCCCACGUACAAAUACGACUUGAACUCUGAUGAAUACGACUCAAGGUUACAGACAGCAUGGUUUGGGCUUAUCGGGAAAAAGCGCAAGCCUGCAUGGUGCGAUCGGAUCCUGUGGCGGAUGAACCCCAAACCUCCACCUGAGAAUGAAGAUAAAGAGCCUGAUGGUGAUGAUGAUGAUGAUGAUGAUGAUGAUGAGGAGGAACGGUUUAAAGAGGCGAUGGAUGAAUUUCCUCUCGGGGUUGUACAGGACACUUACACCAGCAACAUGGAGUACAGCACCAGUGACCAUAAACCCGUCAUGGGCAUCUUCAGACUGGAGUUGAGGAAGAUGUAUGAGACUCCUCUGGUGUGUGUGAGUGCUGAGGGUGAAUGGAGCGCAGACAUGGACGCUGUGGUCACUUACAGAAUUCUGGAGCAGUUUUUAUCCAGUACCUGGGACUGGAUUGGGCUUUAUAAGGUGGGAUUCCAAAGCGUUUCAGACUACAUCACCUACACCUGGGUAAAAGACGACCAAGUAGCCUUCAGUAACGAUGUUAUUCAGGUUUAUGUGAGUAAGGAGGAGAUUCCUGUCCAGGGCGGUGAAUGUGUGCUCUGCUACUACAGUAGUAACCUGCAGUGCAUUGUGGGAAUCAGCGAACCUUUUAAAGUUCACGAGUCACAAGCGGCGAUCGAGGAAGGUUUCCUAUUUGAGAAUACGAGCCGACUGGACCGGGCGUUGGAGAGUUAGGACCACCACACGUAGGAAGCUGAUCGUUCCGUGGAAGCUCUUCCUGCAUGGGGGGGGGGACCUGAGCAAUUUAUUAAGCAAGUGCAAUUUUAUCUCAAAACAAAGGCUUUUGUUUUAAAUCAGUUCGAAUGUUGAUGUUGAUUUUUCUUUAACAAUGAAAGGUUUUUCUCCCCGUGCUGCCUUCUUCCUACUGAUGAUCAUGAUUUUAUUUCCAGAAGUCUAUUAUAAUAGUUUUUUUUUAAGAGAAUACAUUAACUAUGGAGCAGGACAUUUUAUUCGAAUAGCGUUAGAGUAAUAUUUAUUUAGAGAAUAUUUGACUCCCGACUCUGUCUCACUGUCAGUGUUAUCACGUUUCUUUAAAUCUGUUGAAUAUUUCUUAUUUGCACUGAUUUCUUUGACACAGGAUUUGUAGAUGAAAUUAAUUUACUCGUAUUUUUGUUUAUUAAUGUUUUUUUUUUCCCUAAGCCAGAUGUGCUAGAUUUGUCUAUUAUUACAGAUGUUGUUUGUACAUAAACAGGUGGACGCUUAUUUAAACAUAUCAUUUGUAUAAUUUAUAUAUACAUAUACACACAAAUAGAGAAAGAGAUAUAAAGUACAUUUUGUGUGUGUGUGUGUGUGUGUGUGUGUGUGUGUGUGUGUGUGUGUGCAUACUGUUUACUAUGCAAAAGUCUUAUGCAGGUGUAAAAAAAAAAAAUGCAGUAAAAAUGCUUUUAAAAAUG